AUGCAGAGAAAAUCACGUCCUCCAUUUGCAGUUUAUACUUUCUCUCUGAACUGCAUCACAACACUGACUGUUUUUUUCCUAAUCAUUGAUGAAGAGCCAUCUGUAGCCACGCUGACUUCACAGGCCUUGUCCACUCCGACCCUGUCCAGAGCUCCAACGAGAGAGAUGAAAAAUGUCAUUUCUGUUGUGGUGUCCCAUCAUAGGAACCAACUCCAGGAACUUCUCGGUCAAGCUAAAGGUCGGUAUUUGCCUGUUUGUAAUUCAUCCUCACCUCUCUCUCUGUCUCUCUCUUUCUUUUUCUCUCUCUUUCUGUAUCUCCCUCUCUUUCAUUGUCUUUCUCUUUGUUUCUUUCACACUCUCUUUCUUUCUCUCUCUCUCUUUUUCUUUGUUUUUCUUUUUGUUUCUCUCUCCCUCUUUCACUCUCGCUUUCUCACUCUCUCUUUCUUUGAGUUUUCUCUUUGUUUCUCUCCCUUUUUCACUCUCUCUUUCUCACUCUCUCUUUCUUUGUUUUUCUCUUUGUUUCUCUCUCCCUCUUUCACUCUCUCUUUCUCGCCCUCUCUUUCUUUGUAUUUUCUCUUUGUUUCUCUCUCUAUUUCACUCUCUCUUUCUCACCCUCUCUUUUUCUUUGUUUUUCUUUUUGUCUUUCUCUCUCUUUCACUUUCUCUUUCUCACUCUCUCUUUCUUUGUGUUUUCUCUUUGUUUCUCUCUCUCUUUCACUCUCUCUUUCUCAAGCUCUCUUUUUCUUUGUUUUUCUCUUUGUUUCCCUCUCCCUCUUUCACUCUCUCUUUCUCGUUCUCUCUUUCUUUGUAUUUUCUCUUUGUUUCUCUCUCUCUCUUUCACUUUCUCUUUCUCACUCUCUUUCUCACUCUCUUUUUCUUUGUGCUUUCUCUUUGUUUCUCUCUCUCUUUCUCACCCUCUCUAUUUCUUUGUGUUUUCUCUUUGUUUUUUUUUCUCUCUCUCUCUCUCUCUCUCUCUCUCUUACUCUCUCUGUGCCCUGUGUUUCUCUCUGUGUCUCUCUAUCUCUUUCUCACCCUCUCUAUUUCUUUGUGUUUUCUCUCUGUUUCUCUCUCUCUCUCUCUCUCUUACUCUCUCUGUGCUCUGUGUUUCUCUCUGUGUCUCUCUCUAUCUUUCUUCCUUUGUUUUUCACUUUGUUUCUAUAUCUUUCUUUCUUUGUUUUUUCUUUUUGUUCCACCCUCUCCCUCUCUCUUUCUGUCUCCUUCUCUCCCUCUUUGUUUCUCUCUCUCUUUGUUUUUCUUUUGUUACUCCCUCUUUCUCCCUCUCCCUCUUUCUUUGUUUUUUCUUUUUGUUCCACUCCCUCUCUCUCUUUCUCUCCCUCUUUGUUUCUCUCUCUCUUUGUUUUUCUUUUUUCUCUCUCUUUCUCUCUCUCCCUCUUUCUUUGUUUUUUUUUCUUUUUGUUCCACUCUCUCUCUCUCUUUCUCUCCCUCUUUGUUUCUCUCUCUCUCUCUAUUUGUUUUUCUUUUUGUUUCUCUCUCCCUCUUUCUUUGUUUUUUCUUUUUGUUCCACUCUCUCUCUCUCUCUCUCUCUUUCUCUUUCUCUCCCUCUUUGUUUCUCUCUCUCUCUAUUUGUUUUUCUUUUUUCUCUCUCUUUCUCUCUCUCUCCCUCUUUCUUUGUUUUUUCUUUUUGUUCCUCUCUCUCUCUCUCUUUCUCUUUCUCUUUCUCUCCCUUUUGUUUCUCUCUCUCUCUAUUUGUUUUUCUUUUUUCUCUCUCUUUCUCUCUCUCUCCCUCUUUCUUUGUUUUUUCUUUUUGCUCCACUCUCUCACUCUUUCUCUUUCUCUCCCUCUUUGUUUCUCUCUCUCUCUCUCUUUGUUUUUCUUUUUGUUUCUCCCUCUUUCUCUCUCCCUCUUUCUUUUUUUCUUUUUGUUCUAUUCUCUCUCUCUUUCUCUCUUUCUCUCCCUCUUUGUUUCUCUCUCUCCCUCUUUCAUUGCUUUUUCUUUUUGUUCCACUCUCUCUCUCUCUCUCUCUCUCUUUCUCUUUCUCUCCCUCUUUGUUUCUCUCUCUCCCUCUUUCAUUGCUUUUUCUUUUUGUUCCACUCUCUCUCUCUCUCUCUUUCUCUUUCUCUCCCUCUUUUUUCUCUCUCUCUUUGUUUUUUCAUUUUUUCUCUCUCUUUCUCUCUCUCCCUCUUUCUUUGUUUUUUCUUUUUGUUCCACUCUCUCUCUCUCUCUCUCUCUCUCUUUCUCUUUCUCUCCCUCUUUGUUUCUCUCUCUCUCUCUAUUUGUUUUUCUUUUUUCUCUCUCUCUCUUUCUCUCUCUCUCUCCCUCUUUCUUUGUUUUUUCUUUUUGUUCCACUCUCUCUCUCUCUUUCUCUUUCUCUCCCUCUUUGUUUCUCUCUCUCUCUCUCUCUUUGUUUUUCUUUUGUUUCUCUCUCUUUCUGUCUCUUCCCCUCUUUCUUUGUUUUAAUUCUUUUUGUUCCACUCUCUCUCUCUCUCUCUCUUUCUCUUUCUCUCCCUCUUUGUUUCUCUCUCUCUCUCUCUCCCUCUCUCUCUUUGUUUUUCUUUUGUUUCUCUCUCUCUCUCUUUCUCAAUUUCUCUAUUUUCUCUGUUUUUUUCAUUGUUUCAUUAUCUCUCUUUCUCGCUCUUAUUCUCUCACCCACUCACUCUCUCUCUCUCUUUGUUUUUUCUCUUUGUCUUCCUCACUUUCUCUCUUUCUCUGUUUUUCUUUCUCUCACUCUCUCUUUCUCUCUUGUUGUGAUUUACACAAGUCAAAGCCAGAGAUCUAUUAUUUACAAAUGAAGAUAAGGAAUAGGAUUGUAAUAAAAACACAUACAUUAAUAUAA